UGUAAUAAUCUCCCAACUAUAAGGGCCAAUGUUUUGUUAUUCUCACCGUAACAGACUAGCAGUGGUCUAUAUUAGAUCAUUGUCGUACAAGCCUAACAUGCUCUAGUUUUCCUGAUUCCAAAAAUUUGUCUCUCUCUGUCUCUCUCUUGUAUCUUCAAUUCAAUGGCUCCUAUGAGUCUCCCGCCCGGAUUUAGGUUCCAUCCGACAGAUGAAGAGCUUGUUGCUUACUACCUUGAUCGAAAAAUCAAUGGCAGAUCGAUUGAACUUGAAAUCAUCCCAGAAGUUGACCUCUACAAAUGCGAGCCUUGGGACUUACCAGAUAAGUCAUUUUUGCCAAGUAAGGAUUUGGAGUGGUAUUUUUACAGUCCAAGGGACAAGAAGUACCCAAAUGGAUCAAGAACUAAUAGGGCAACAAGGGCUGGAUACUGGAAAGCUACAGGGAAGGAUAGACCAGUGCACUCUCAAAGACAGCCUGUAGGGAUGAAGAAGACAUUGGUAUACUAUAGAGGUAGAGCUCCUCAUGGCAUUAGAACCAAUUGGGUUAUGCAUGAGUAUCGCUUGAUCUACUCUUUAUGUGGCGCUGCAUCUUCGAGUUUAAAGGAUUCCUAUGCACUUUGUAGGGUUUUCAAGAAAACCAUUCAAGUUAAUCCCAAAACAAAGGAAGAGAAAAAUGGGAAAAUAAUAGACAAGGAUGAUACUUGUGUUUCCGAUGAACAAUUCUUCGCAGAAGAUAUAAGUGGGAGUGAAACUUUUAAAGGAAGAGAACAAACUGAAGACGAACAUUUGAAUAAUGAUUACUCUAAAUUUCCAUCUGAAACAUCUUCUUCAGAUGUCACCCAAGGAACACCAAUUGAAACCCCAAUACCUGAUGAUUCACAAGCUCCAUUUGCCUCAGAUGAAGCCAACAGCUCCGUCAAUAUGUAUUCUCUUGGAAUGGACUUCUCAAAUCUACUUCAGGAUAUGCAGAUCCCAAGCUACUCAAACAUGCAUUAUCAACUUCCUUACCCGCCGAUAGAAUUAGAAGGCUUCCCACAGAUAAAUAUAGCAGAGACAAAGCCAAGAAAGUGUGAAAUCAUGGAAGAGUAUAUGACUUAUGACAAGUACACGGAUUGCAUGAAUGGAACGUUAGAAGAGAUUUUCUCUCUAUGUGCUUCUCAAGACAAUUCCAUUGCCUUUUCUAUACAAGAAGACUAAGUAUUCCUAACAGAAUUAUUUAUUUGGGCCAGAGAUGACAAAGACAUUUUACAUUUUUCUUUAUUACUUUGGAUUAACUGGAAUUCAUAUGACAGAAAAAGAUAGGCUAUUGGUGGGUUGAAUAACCAAUUUUAGAGAUAUAUAUUUGAUAAUGUAGUUCUUGAAUGAUGGCAAGUAGUUCCUUAAGAAAAGAAAAGAAAAAAAAGGAACGCCGCUAUUUUGUGCUUUUCGGGUUAAAUUUGCAGAGUGCAACAAAUAUUUGUUAUAAGUGCUUUA